AUGUCAUCUCCCAGCUCUGGAAAACGUCGUAUGGAUACGGACGUGAUAAAGUUGAUUGAAAGCAAGCAUGAAGUGAACAUAACCGGUGGAUUGAACGAAUUCAACGUAAAGUUCUAUGGACCGUCAGGGACUGCGUACGAAGGAGGUGUGUGGCGAGUGCGCGUCGAACUGCCAGAAAAAUAUCCCUUUAAAUCGCCUUCAAUAGGAUUCAUGAAUAAGAUUUUCCAUCCAAAUAUCGAUGAAGCUAGUGGUUCUGUCUGCCUCGACGUUAUUAAUCAGGCAUGGACGGCGCUCUAUGAUUUAGCCAACAUAUUCGAAUCAUUCCUCCCGCAACUGCUCACCUAUCCGAAUCCUACGGAUCCGCUCAAUGGCGAUGCUGCUGCUCUUUACCUCCAUAAACCUGAGGAGUUUAAGAAGAAAUGCAAGGACUACGUAGAGCGCUUCGCCUCUGAAGAUGCAUUACGUCGUUUCUUCAACGAGUCUUCCUGCAAACCAGAUUACCGCAUGGAUAAGCAAGAUGAUGACUCAGACAUAUCCAGCAUGUCAGACUUCUCAGAGGACGAGGCCCAGGGUAUGGAGUUGUGA